GGCUGUUUUAGAGUCAGUCGAGUCACGCGCUGGUGUUUGUUUAUCCGCUGAGGGGAGGGAACUGGAAGGACCAGUAAGUCAACGGCUGAGUAAUGGGACCGCCGCCGCCCUUCCCGUGCUGAAGCAGAUCCUACUCCGGACACUGGGCAUUUGGAAGCCCACUUCCUGCCCCUUCAGGCCGCAUCACACCGAGAAAACCGGCCAGCACGGGACUCCCUAGCCGCCCUGCCUAUAUAGGGAAAGGAAGACGGGCUGGAGUGCUAAGACACGGAUACACAGUCCUUCGGUCCCGUCCAGCCGGACAACACACAGUCACGACCCAAGAUCACGACUCCAGCAGUCACAAUACGAAUCUGCGCAGAAAGGUAGCGGGCAGCCGCCUGUGCGCAGGCGCGGGCCGCCCGAGCCCGGCGGUUAAUCUGCGUCACGUGACGGCUCGUCUUCCCUCCGUCACGUGACGGCCCUGGGCGGCCGCCGCUGCGCUCUCCGCGGCGUGCGCCCCCUUCCGCCUGACGCGCCCCCGGCGGCGGCCGCGCAGCCCUGGCUCCUCGCGGGCUCGGGCGGCGGCUGCGACGGGGCUAUGGCGAGCGGCGGUGGCGGUGCUAACACCGGCGCGGGUGGGGGGUCGGGGGUAGGCCUGGGUCUCGGCCUGGGCCUGGGCCUGAACCUAGGCAUGGAGGAGGCCACCGGCGAGGCGGAGGAGGAGGCGGCCACGGCCGAGGCGGUGGGACGCCUGGCCACGACGCUGUGGCUGCGGCUCCGCGGCUGGGAGGCGGUGCUGGCGGCGGCGCAGCGGCUGCUGGUGUGGGAGAAACCGCUGCACAGCCUGGUCACGGCGGCCGCGCUCAACGGCCUCUUCUGGUUGCUCUCUUCGUCGUCCCUCCGGCCCUUCUUCCUGCUCAGCGUCUCACUUUUGGCCUAUUUUCUGCUGGAUCUCUGGCAGCCUCGCUUCUUCCCUGACAUCUCAGCAUCAUCCCCAGAGGAGCCCCACUCUGACAGUGAGGGUGCGGGGUCAGGCGCCCGGCCGCACCUGCUGAGUGUGCCCGAGUUGUGCAGAUACCUGGCUGAGAGCUGGCUCACCUUCCAGAUUCACCUGCAGGAGCUGCUGCAGUACAAGAGGCAGAAUCCCGCUCAGUUCUGUGCACGAGUUUGUUCCGGCUGCGCCGUGCUGGCCGUGCUGGGACACUACGUUCCAGGGAUUAUGAUUUCCUACAUUGUCUUGCUGAGCAUCCUGCUGUGGCCCCUGGUGGUUUAUCACGAACUGAUCCAGAGGAUGUACACUCGCCUCGAGCCCCUGCUCAUGCAGCUGGACUACAGCAUGAAGGCAGAAGCUGACGCUCUGCAUCACAAACACGACAAGAAGAAGCGGCAAGGGAAGAACGCACCCCCUGGAGGUGAUGAGCCACUAGCGGAGACAGAGAGUGAAAGCGAAGCAGAGCUUGCUGGCUUCUCCCCGGUGGUGGAUGUGAAGAAAACGGCAUUGGCUUUGGCCAUAACUGACUCGGAGCUGUCAGAUGAGGAGGCUUCUAUCUUGGAGAGUGGUGGCUUCUCUGUAUCCCGGGCCACAACUCCACAGCUAACUGAUGUCUCAGAGGAUUUGGACCAGCAGAGCCUGCCGAGUGAGCCAGAGGAAGCCCUGAGCCGGGAGCUGGGGGAGGGAGAGGAGACAGAGCCGAGCCCUCCUGAAGACCUGCUGGGCCCUCCUCAGGCCCUCUCAAGGCAAGACCUGGACUCAGAGGAAGAGGAGGAGGAUGUGGUGGCCAAGGAAACCUUGCUUCGGCUCUCGUCUCCCCUCCACUUUGUGAACACGCACUUCAAUGGGGCAGGCUCUCCUGCGGGUGGAGUGAAGCUCUCCCCUGGAGGACCAGUGGAAACACUGAUUCCGGAGGCAGAGAGCGGUGACCUCACCCCUCCACCGAGCACCUUGUCACCCCUACUUGGCCUGGCUGAGAGUGACCCGGUCCCCUCCCCCUCAGUGCUCCCACCUCUUCCCCAGGACUCGUCCCAGCCCUUGCCCGUCCCUGAGGAAGAAGAGGCACUCACCACUGAGGACUUCGAAUUACUGGAUCAGGGGGAGCUGGAACAGCUGAAUGCUGAGCUGGGGUUGGGGCCAGAGACGUCCUCGGAGCCCCCUGAUGCUCUGCCUCCUCCAUCCCUAGGGCCCGACACCCUCUCUCUGGUACAGUCAGACCAGGAGGCUCAGGCCGUGGCAGAGCCAUGAGCCACGGGGGAAGGAGUCGCAGGCACGGUAGGGCUUCCUGGCUAGGGGCAUCGCUGUCUCCUCUUUUCCCUGCUCUCGGGAGAGGCCGUGUGUGGGGAAGCUGGCUGUCAGAUGGUAGCCGCCCCCCCACCCCCACCCCGCCUGCCUGCCUGCCUGCCUGCCUGCUGUCCCAGGCCUGGACAGUGCCCGUGCCUGGGAUUGGUUUUAAGUUUGUAAAUAAUUUUACACUUGGGUUAGUGGAUGUGAACAGGGCUAGGGAAGUCCUUCCCACAGCCUGCACUUGCCUCCCUGCCUCAUCUCUAUUCUCAUUCCACUCUGCCUCGAGCCCUGGUGGUCGCUCCCUUUCUUUUUCCUCCUCUCCUCAGGGACCUGUGCUGCUCCGUCCUCGUGUCCCACUGGGUGUUUAGUUUGGGCACUUUAUCAUUUUUCUUUCCUGUCCCAUGUCGCUCUCUGCUUUACAUCCUGCCUGUGUCCUGUCCUCAGCAGCUCAAUCCCCACUCCUUGCCGGCGCCUUCCCGGCAGGCCACGCACCUUCCCAGCCAGCAGGCCGCAGCUGAGCUUCAGGGGGGCUUCUGUCGGGGUGGUACCGCCUGUGACCCUGGGGCGGCGGGGCAGGCCGGCGGGUAUGGGUGUGCACUUCUGUCACGACAGCAGUGACCUCCACCGCACCUCGCCCUGCUUCAUCCCAGCCUUUCGUGACGAGGGAGGAGAGCGGGCGUCCCACAGCCUGUGCACCGGCGCUGCGUCAGUGAGCAGGAGCUCUGUCUCUGGGCUGUGAAUGGUCCGAGUGUGGUGCGACCCCUGUCGGGGUCAGGAAGCGGACAGUAGCAUCUGUGCAGGUGUUGACUGGAAAAAUAAAGCAUUGAUUGGCUAGAACUGCUGCUGCUGCCUGCCUGCCUCGCUGUGAGCUGCCCCCCACACUGCUCCAUCCCUUCCUCACCCCUCACCCUCGUGCCCUCAGUCUUGUUCCUAUUUAUUUACCUUGGUGCAAAACAAGCCCAGAAGCAAGGGUUACCCUAACAGCCCUCACUUGCCCUUUGUCAUCUUCCCUGACAGGCUGAUCUGUACAGUGAGAUUUAGCAUGUGUGAAUAAAGCGUACACAGGAGGAAA